GUCUAUUUUCACUUACCACAAUACCCUCUAGGUCCAUCCGUGUUGCAGUCAUGCCAUAUAUUUUUUUCAUGCUGUAUUUUUAACCGUAUUAAGCUGUAGAGCCGAAAUGUUAGUGAAGGCAGUCAUUUCCUGGUUUCUUUGUUCAUGAAUCAGAUUGUAACUAUUUCUUUCACUUUGGAUUUGUGGUUACUUGAGCUAAUUUAAGUGAUGCAAAAGAUGAGUCUCCUUAGGGCGUUUCCUCUUUUAAAAGUGUAUGUGGUGUUUUAUUGUAAACAGGUUUCUCCCGAGGAAACUUUUCUCUACAGGCUUACUUCAUCAUCCAUUUAGGAAAGAAAUCCCAUCUAUAUAUACUAAUCCCUACAUAUUUUUGUAUUUGUUACUCAUGUGUAUGUUGGUUUUUACUUAUUUUUCAAAACAUUUCCAAAGGUUCUUCUGAAGUAACUUCGAUCUGACUCAGUCUUUGCUGAUUACUAGACACUUUCCUUUGGGUUACUCUCCGCCCACUUUGGGACUUGUAAAUGCUUACCCUUCUAUUGGUUUCCUCUGGCCACUGAGUAUAUGAGUAAAUGUCACAUGCAUGUGGUAUUGCUUGUCAGGGAGUGGAAUUCUAAGACUUCCUCUACAUAGAACAGUUUAACUUCUGUGCUUCUGGGCAGAGGAAUGGUCCUUGGAACAGUCCUGCUUCCACCCAAUAGUUAUGGCAGAGAUCAGGACACAUCGCUUUGCUGCCUGUGCAGUAGUGAGGCCUCAGAAACUGCUCUACCCAACGUGACAGAUCACUUUGCCAGCUGUGUGGAGGAUGGCUUUGAGGGAGACAAGACUGGAGGCAGUAGUCCAGAAGCCUUGCACCGCCCCUAUGGUUGUGACGUUGAACCCCAGGCACUGAAUGAAGCCAUCAGGUGGAGCUCCAAGGAGAAUUUACUUGGAGCUACUGAGAGUGACCCUAAUCUCUUUGUUGCACUUUAUGAUUUUGUGGCGAGUGGUGAUAAUACACUCAGCAUCACUAAAGGUGAAAAGCUUCGAGUCCUUGGUUACAACCAGAAUGGUGAGUGGAGUGAAGUUCGCUCUAAGAAUGGCCAAGGUUGGGUGCCAAGCAACUACAUCACCCCAGUGAACAGCUUGGAAAAACACUCCUGGUACCAUGGGCCCGUGUCGCGCAGCGCUGCGGAGUACCUGCUCAGCAGUCUGAUCAAUGGCAGCUUCCUGGUGCGGGAGAGUGAGAGCAGCCCUGGGCAGCUGUCCAUCUCGCUCAGGUACGAGGGCCGUGUGUAUCACUACAGGAUCAACACCACCACAGACAGCAAGGUGUAUGUAACUGCCGAGAGCCGCUUUAGCACCCUGGCAGAGCUGGUUCAUCAUCACUCCACAGUGGCGGAUGGGCUGGUGACAACAUUACAUUACCCAGCGCCCAAGUGCAAUAAGCCAACAGUCUAUGGCGUGUCCCCCAUCCAUGACAAAUGGGAAAUGGAACGAACAGAUAUUACCAUGAAGCACAAACUUGGGGGUGGGCAGUAUGGAGAAGUUUAUGUCGGCGUCUGGAAGAAAUAUAGCCUUACGGUUGCUGUGAAAACAUUGAAGGAAGAUACCAUGGAGGUGGAAGAGUUCCUGAAAGAAGCUGCAGUGAUGAAGGAGAUCAAGCACCCUAAUCUGGUACAGCUAUUAGGUGUGUGUACUUUGGAGCCACCAUUUUACAUCGUGACUGAGUACAUGCCCUACGGCAACUUGCUUGAUUAUCUCCGAGAGUGCAACCGAGACGAAGUGACUGCUGUCGUACUGCUCUAUAUGGCCACUCAGAUCUCUUCUGCAAUGGAGUAUUUAGAGAAGAAGAAUUUCAUCCAUAGAGAUCUUGCAGCCCGUAACUGCCUAGUGGGAGAAAACCAUGUGGUAAAAGUGGCUGACUUUGGCUUGAGUAGACUGAUGACUGGAGACACCUAUACUGCUCAUGCGGGAGCCAAAUUUCCUAUUAAAUGGACAGCACCAGAGAGUCUUGCCUACAAUACCUUCUCAAUUAAAUCUGACGUUUGGGCUUUUGGGGUACUGCUGUGGGAAAUUGCUACGUAUGGAAUGUCACCAUAUCCAGGUAUUGACCUGUCUCAGGUCUAUGAUCUACUGGAAAAAGGAUAUCGAAUGGAACAACCUGAAGGAUGCCCCCCUAAGGUUUAUGAACUUAUGAGAGCAUGCUGGAAGUGGAGCCCUGCCGACAGGCCGUCUUUUGCUGAAACACAUCAGGCUUUUGAAACCAUGUUCCAUGACUCCAGCAUUUCUGAAGAGGUAGCUGAGGAGCUUGGGAGGGCUGCCUCCUCCUCGUCUGUUGUUCCAUACCUGCCCCGACUGCCUAUACUUCCUUCUAAGACCCGAACGCUGAAGAAACAGGUGGAGAACAAGGAGAAUAUCGAAGGGACACAGGAUGCCACAGAAAAUUCUGCCUCCAGUUCAGCACCAGGGUUCGUUAGAGGUGCACAGGCCCCCAGUGGGUCCCCAGCACUGCCUCGAAAACAAAGAGACAAGUCACCCAGCAGCCUCUUGGAAGAUGCCAAAGAGACAUGCUUCACCAGGGAUAGGAAGGGAGGCUUCUUCAGCUCCUUCAUGAAAAAGAGAAACGCUCCCACACCCCCUAAACGCAGCAGCUCCUUCCGAGAAAUGGAGAAUCAGCCCCACAAGAAAUAUGAACUCACGGGUAACUUCUCAUCUGUUGCUUCUCUACAGCAUGCUGAUGGGUUCUCUUUCACUCCUGCCCAGCAAGAGGCGAAUCUGGUGCCACCCAAGUGCUAUGGGGGGAGCUUUGCACAGAGGAACCUGUGUAAUGACGAUGGCGGUGGGGGCGGGGGCAGCGGCACUGCUGGGGGUGGGUGGUCUGGCAUCACAGGCUUCUUUACACCACGCUUAAUCAAAAAGACACUGGGCUUACGAGCGGGUAAACCCACAGCCAGUGAUGACACUUCCAAGCCUUUUCCAAGGUCAAACUCUACAUCUUCCAUGUCCUCAGGGCUUCCAGAGCAGGAUAGGAUGGCAAUGACCCUUCCCAGGAACUGCCAGAGGUCCAAACUCCAGCUGGAAAGGACAGUGUCCACCUCUUCUCAGCCAGAAGAGAAUGUGGACAGGGCCAAUGACAUGCUUCCAAAAAAAUCAGAGGAAGGUGCUGCUCCAAGCAGGGAGAGACCAAAAGCCAAACUUUUGCCUAGAGGAGCCACAGCUCUUCCUCUCAGAACCCCCUCUGGGGAUCCAGCCAUUACAGAGAAGGACUCUCCGGGGGUAGGGGUGGCUGGAGUGGCAGCUGCCCCAAAGAGCAAGGAGAGGAAUGGCGGAGCACGACUUGGCAUGGCUGGAGUCCCAGAGGAUGGCGAGCAGACAGGCUGGUCUUCCCCGGCCAAGGCUGCAGCAGCCCUCCCGACCACUCACAACCACAAAGUGCCAGUCCUCAUAUCACCCACUCUGAAGCACACUCCAGCUGACGUGCAGCUCAUUGGCACAGACUCUCAGGGCAAUAAAUUCAAACUCUUAUCUGAGCAUCAGGUCACAUCCUCUGGAGACAAGGACCGACCCCGACGGGUAAAACCAAAGUGUGCCCCACCCCCACCACCCGUGAUGAGACUACUGCAGCAUCCGUCCGUGUGCUCAGACCCCACGGAAGAGCCGACCGCCCCCGCUGCAGGACAGCCCACGUCAGAGACACCGGAAGGAGGGAAGAAGGCAGCUCCAGGGGCAGUGCCCGUCAGUGGGAAAGCUGGGAGGCCAGCGAUGCCUCCGCCUCAAGUGCCUCUGCCCACCUCUUCCAUCUCGCCGGCCAAAAUGGCUAAUGGCACAGCAGGUACUAAAGUGGCUCUGAGAAAAACCAAACAGGCGGCUGAGAAAAUCUCAGCAGACAAAAUCAGCAAGGAGGCCCUGCUGGAAUGUGCUGACCUACUGUCCAGUGCAAUCACGGAACCCGUGCCCAACAGCCAGCUGGUGGACACCGGACACCAGCUGCUCGACUACUGCUCAGGCUAUGUGGACUGCAUCCCCCAGACUCGCAACAAAUUCGCCUUCCGAGAGGCUGUGAGCAAACUGGAACUCAGCCUGCAGGAGCUGCAGGUGUCUUCAGCAGCUGCUGGUGUGCCCGGGGCAAACCCUGUCCUUAAUAACUUAUUGUCAUGUGUACAGGAGAUCAGUGAUGUGGUGCAGAGGUAGCCACUGUUAGCCUAGUGGGAAGGUGCUCACAUUUCUGAGGGGAGAGGGAGAGGGGCUUGUUUUCCUGUGUUCUUGUUUUCAGAGAAUGAAAGACUGAUACUUGAGUGUGUUUAUGUGAAGUACCUCAGAUCUCUGAGUUCUCACGUUUACAGGUUCAUCUCAAAAAUAACAAAAAGCAGACACAUAGGACAGGGAAGUCGGGCGGGGGCGGAGCAGCGGCAGACGGGAGUGGAAGCUGCGCUGGCGCGUCAGGGGCGCGUGCGGGUCCCACCACGAAGAAGCGAGUGACGGGCUGUUCCCGGCAAGGCCGCGGGACCGCGCCAACACGGUGGAUUGGCUCUGGCUCUCGCUCUGCACCACACAGAGGGGAAUGGACUUGGA